GUGUAUAGAAUUCAGGAUUCCGAAGUUACUACGAAAUUUCUAAGGAAAAGUGUUGUUUAAGGCUGAAAGUAAAAUAGCCACUAAAAAAGUUUCUCGGAAUCCGGAGUAACGGGUUAUGUUUUCCUGAAAUAGAUAAAUUCGUGUGUACAACUCGUAUAGUGUGUUAUGAAUGCUACUAUUUUCCUUUAUUUUUAUAUGCUUUUAACACUGAGCAGUGCUUUAAACGGUGGAAACAGCAACUGCAAUGGACUGCUAACAUAUCAAGAGACUUAAAGAGGCAGUGCGAAUCGAAGGCAGUGGAAGGUGCGCGAUGACGUCGACUCUCGGCCUGCGGCACGGAGAGCUCGGGCUGCCGUGGUCGCAGCUGGAGUACCCCCCGAAAGCAUACGCCGCCAUGGCCAUCCCGGCCACCGCGGCCACCGUGGGCUCCGGAGGCUCGCUCGCCGGCCUCUGGGCGGGCGACGGCAGCGGGUUGGCAGCCCACAUUGCGAGUGCCAUGCCCACGCCGCCCGAGUCCCCCCCGCCGGGACGCCUGGCCGCCGCCCACGAGGAGGCCAGUCAUACUGGCCUCACAGAUGAAACAACCACAAAGUUGGGGCUGCACAAUCUGCUGCAAGUGUCCACAAGCAACUCUGACCGAUAUUACUUGACUCGAAAAUGCUGCUAUGUCUUCCAUUGCUUGAAUCUCAGAACCAGCUUCAACUAUCCAACUAUACCGAACAAGAUGGUGAUACAAGAUGAACGAGUCUCUUCAGCCAUAGAGCAGGCAGUGUUGGAGGAGAUGGAAGAGAAGGGAGUCGAGGCCAGUGACGACAAGACCUACUAUAGCCUUGUUGCGCAGCACACAGCCAGGGCACACCACCUUCUAAACAACAUGAAGGCUGCUAUAUCUAGUACUCUUAUAAGAAUAACGGGCUAUGUGUUGUUCAAAGUGUUUAGCAACCUGUUGAUGUCAGUGACUGUUCAUGGGGGUCAGCAGGAGGUCAUAGAGAGGGCCUCACGCAGGGACACACCUGUUAUCUUCGUCCCUCUGCAUCGUUCCCAUGUUGACUAUCUGUUUGUUACCUGGGUUCUCUUCAACCGUCAAAUUGCAGCACCCAUAGUUGCUGCAGGAGACAAUCUUCGGAUCCCUGUUUUCGGAUGGUUGCUCCGAGGUCUUGGCGGAUUCUUCAUUAAGCGUCGCCUUGAAAGCUGCAAGGCACGCAAGGAUAUUGUGUACCGCUCGGUAUUACAGACAUAUGUUACACAUGCAUUGCAAGCAGGAUAUAACUUGGAAUUCUUUAUUGAAGGUGGUCGAACUCGCACAGGCAAACCCUGCAUGCCAAAAGGGGGUUUGUUGAGUGUUAUAGUAGAUGCUUAUAUGAAUGGCACCUUGGAUGAUGCUCUUAUUGUUCCUAUUGCCAUUAAUUAUGACAAACUGCUUGAUGGAAACUUCAUCCGAGAACAAAUGGGACAAAGCAAGGUCCCUGAAUCAUUUUGGGGAGCAGUAAGGGCAAUAAUAAAAGUGCUGUCAACUAACUAUGGUCAGGCAAGAAUCGACUUUGCACAGCCAUUUAGCCUGCGAGAGUUUGUCCAGAACAGCAAGAUUGUCAUACCUCAGUUUACCAUUAGUCAGCCCCAGAAUCAGACUGCCAAUCAGCCUCACAGCCAGCCACUUCUUGGUUGCACUCCUCCAAACUCUCCUAGUCCACUGAGCCUUACUCCACCAUCAGAUGAAGGUCCACAGACUCUACCUCCACAUCCUUUAGAUGCAUCCUCCCUCUCAGUCACAGGAAAAGGGCACCAAAGAUCUUUAUCAAGUCCAGCAACAAAUAAUCACCUAACACUGAAGAGGAGCUCCUCCAAUCCUUCCAGCAACAUUAAUGCAGUCAAUCGCUCAUGUAACAAUCUCCAUGGAGCCCGCAGCAGCUCCUCUUUGUUUGGUUCUGAAGUUACUGAAGAAUACAGAUCCCUGAUUAAGGCACUAUCGCAGCAUAUUGUUUAUGAUGCUGAACGAUGCCAAGCUAUUAUGUCAACAAAUGCUGUUGCUUGGCUAUUGCUCUUUGUUUACCGUGAGGGCACUACACGCUCAACCCUGGUUAAGGCUCUUGAUGCUUUGCGAGAGUCCUUAAGGACAAAGGAGCGUGACACUGGAUUCUCAGGCAGUUCAAAAGAUAUUGUUAAGCAUGCUGUGCGAUUAUUAGGAGCUGGUCUUGUCAGAGUAGAGGAAUCUAAAUCUACUGAUGGAACAGAGGUUGUGAUCAAGCCAAUAACACUCCUGCCAAAUAUAAUUGAACUCAGUUACUAUGCUAGUGCUCUCUCUCCAGUUUUUGCACUUGAUGCUAUUGUUGGUAAGUGAAAUAUAUAUAUAUAU